AUUCGACGCGCAUACUUGAAGUCUUAAUUUAAUGUAUGCAAAUAAGUUUAAUGCUAGCGCAGCAAGACAAAUCUGAAGGAGACGUCUAUCGACCAACUGUAGCUAAAGGAAUCAGGAUCAAAUCGCCGACGAAGUUCCAGCAGCAAGAAUGUCGCUAAAAUUAGCGGAUGACCAGCGAUUCGCUCUGAUGAAAGUGGGAAACCGGUUUAGCCGACAAUCAUACACGUGACUCACAAGAACGUUGAUCCUCUCACCCAUGAGUGCGCUUUAUUCCGUUCUUACCCAUCGACCAUAAGAUCAAUUUCAGACGGUCCGUGCAAGACAUCCUGCAACCGCACCACGAUGACUACUUUUUGCUUCGCUGGCUGAGAGCUAGAAAAUGGGAUCCUACCGCUGCAGAAAAGAUGUUGAGAGAUUCUUUGGAAUGGCGAAAACAAUGGGAUGCCGAUAAUUUAUCCGACUGGAAUCCUCCUCAGAUAUUAAAGGAUUACUUGCCUUACGGAUUAAGUGGAUUUGAUAAGGACGGCGCACCAAUAAUCAUCAUACCGUUUGCCGGGAUGGACAUGUACGGCGUAUUACAUGUGGUAACUCAAAAAGACUUCAUCAAAGCUGCAAUAAAGAUUUUGGAUCAUUAUCUAAAAUUAGCUAGGGAGCAAUCAAAAAAACAUGGACAGGACGCCAACCAACUAACUGUUGUUUUCGACAUGGAAGGUUUCAACCUUAAGCAGUAUUUAUGGAGACCAGCUGGCGAAAUGGUACUCCUGCUAAUCCAAAUGUACGAGGCAAAUUAUCCCGAAAUUCUAAAGACAUGCUUUAUUAUUAAUGCGCCAAGGGUCUUCGCUUUUGCAUUCUCCGUUGCGAAGAAAUUUAUGAACGAAUACACAUUGUCGAAAAUACAAAUCUAUAAAGCGGAUCCGCCGAAAUGGCAAGAAGCAAUAUUUAAAGUUGUACCAAAGGAUCAGUUACCUGCUUAUUUUGGUGGAACAUUAUACGAUCCAGAUGGCAAUCCGAGACUUUCUUCCAAGAUUUGCCAAGGUGGUAAGGUACCGAAAGAUAUGUAUGUUAACAAUACCGAUAAGUCAAACGAGGAUUAUACUACGGUGAUUGUUCGAAAAGGUGGAAAAUUGGAAUUUGAUAUCGAUACAUCUGAAGUGGGUUGUAUAUUGAGUUGGGAAUUCCGAAGCGAGGAUCACGAUAUCAAGUUUGGAAUAUUGAAAAAGGACACUGCAAAUGGCACGCGGACGGAAGUUAUACCUCUUCGAAGAGUUGCAUCCCAUCAAUCAGACGAAGUCGGAGUAUUGACCUGUGAAACUCCGGCGACAUAUUCUAUCGUCUUCGAUAACUCUUACAGUCUUCUGAGAAAUAAAAAGGUUCACUAUGCCGUGCGUGUGCUACCACCAGCGGAACAACAGAAAGUGACAGUAAAGGCGUAGUUUUAAAUGGGUUUCGUUAGGAAAUUUACCGAUAUACCAGUUUCUAUACUACGUUCUUUUUUUUCGCCUUACGAUCCGAGUGAAUAAAAUGUGAGGGUGAAAUAUACUUUGAUUUUUGCGGUACAUCUAAGUGAAAGAUAAAUUUUUUGCAAUUAUAGAUUCAGUUAUAUGUAAUACGUAAUUCCUCCAUAGAAUAAGUCUAAUUCAUUAUAAUUUGCAAAAUCACGUGAUGGUCUUUGUUGCACAGCUGCAUGUAUGUAUAAAUCUUUUAUAGCUUUAAAAUAUAUUCCUUUUUCAAAGCGAGAUAAUGGAAGGGAUAAUAAUUAUACAGAAGGGUAGAGUAAUAUAUAUGGGAUGAGGACGUAGUUUGCAUGUAACAUUUAUAAUUGAAAAAUUGUAUAAUGUACCUUUUAUAUAAAAUACAAAAAUGUAUU